AUGGCUGGUUGGGGAAGCGGUGGAAGCACAGGCCAUUCAACAGGUUCAUCGUCGGGUGGGAGAAGUCCAAAGAGGCAUCUAGAUGGCACCGGACAACCGCCAGAUAAUCAUUUAUCGGGCGCAUUUGGCAAUGGUUCAGAACAGAUUCUAGUUAAUACUGCACAACGGAUGAAUGAAGAAAAAAACAAGGAUCAAUCAUAUUUCGAUCAAGAAACUAUUUCGCUUGUCGAAGCAUUGAAAGGUAAGAUCAAAGAGAGACUUCGAUCAGAUCCAUCAACUGUCAAACAAAAGUUUAUCGAAGAUGCUGUGGCCAGCGUGAGAUGUGAACGCAAAUGUAAGCAGCUCAAUAUUGAUCAAUGGAAAAAAAAUCUUCCUUCUGAUAUAAAUAAUUGUCCCGAACACGUAUUAAAAUUAGCAAUGGCCUAUGGAGAUCACCCAAAUGACGUGAAAGCUGUACUAGAAGAGAAGAUGAACGAAAGCCAAGAAGAAACUAACACUUCGUUGGUAAAAAUUAUCACACCUCUAAAAGCUCUGAAAAAAGAGUUGUCCGGCAAUCAACCUCCCAAUCUCUGUCAAGCUGUUCUCAGUGCCAAAAAUAAUGAAUCCAAUCGUGCUGAUCGUAUACUGUUCAGUGAAGCUUCUUGUUGGAUGGAUAAUCCAAAUGGUUACACAAUUGAUAUUGCUCAUGAUCAAGUAGAAGCUAUUCGUCUCACACAUUAUAAUUCACAAGAUUCAGAUCAACUUUAUAAAUUCAUAAGAAAAAAUAAAACGUUUGAUGAAGCUUACAUAUAUCUGCAAAAUCUUGCAAAAGAACAAGCGAGAAUAAAUUCGGCGAGAGCAGGCACAACGCAAUCCACUGGCCAACAGCAAACUUCAGGAUCAAUUGUUAGAUAUCCUAGUAAUGAUGGCAGUGGUUCAAGUCCUGCCACUCCUAUCUCUCUUAGUUCUAGCAAACCUUAUUACGACACUAGCGGAAGUUCAUCAACGUCAGGUCGUCCACCAUCGAGAAAUCACGAUUCAUAG